AUGGCUCAGUCGGCCGAUCACCUAGUCGACCAAAUCGCCCAGCUCAAUGCGGCCCGAAACCUCGUCCUCGGCGAUGCCGCCUUCUAUCCUCAGAUCGUGAAUGGUGUCCUUCCGAUUAUCGGUCCCCGCGCGCGCGUGGAGUUGCGGCGCUGGGGAGCUGAGUUCCUCGCCGAGACUUUCGCCAGCCCGGCGUUUAAUUCGGGCCCCAAGAGACAGUUGGCGACCAGUGUGCUACCAACUCUGCGGGAGAUAUUGGAGCUGCCGGAACGGGAUACCGCGACAUUGAAAUACAUAGUCCAGACCGCCGCCAGUCUAUAUCCCCUGGUCUUUAGACAUAUUAUCAACCACCCAGACGACGCCGCGGUCUGGGAGAAUAUGACGGCCAUGAAGCAAGACAUCUUGCGCCGAUGGGAUUCCUUUCCUUAUCCGGUCAAAAUAUGCUGUAUCAAAUUUGUGCAGCGGGUCGUCCAAGUUCAGACCCAUGGCCUAAUCGCCGACCCUAGACGUCCGGAUCAAAACGAAACCUCUUUAGCCAUCGUCCCUAGAAACCAUGCCGUUCUCACACUUCCCAACCUGGAAGCAGAAGCCUCUGGCCUGCUGGAUCGCCUUCUGUCUGUCUUCCAGGAGGAAUCGAGAAAUCCAAGCCAUCCUCUUGCGGGGAAGAUGCAGCAAUACAUCGACCGACUGAUGCAGUCACGCAUAGAAGCCGUUGAUGACUCGUCGCGCAAACGUGGACUACCCUCUGAGCCUACCGACGGCCUCGAUAGCGCCAAACGAGCUAGACUCGGUGCUGAAGCCCCUCGCUCGCUGUAUAUCCCUCCUAUGCCCCCAGGCCGUAUCACCUGGGCACAACUCUAUACCCUCACCGAAGAUCCGGCUGUGCAGAAUUUUGAUGUACGAUCAUCAAUGCCUGCCGACUUUGUCGCCAGGAUCUUACCCUCCAUUAUCUCUCGUGUAGAUCAGUCCCUUUUACAGCAAGCUGUUGAUGCUGUCCGCAUGCGAAAUCAGGUCGCCUUGCAACGUCAUGCCGCUCGCACAAUUACGGCCCCAGCCGAAGAUGAAGAUGAUGAUUAUGAGCCCGAAUACCAGCCGAUGGACGUUUCCGAGCCGAUGGCGGCUCCAGCUCACACCGCCGCUGCCGGACUGGCCGAUGCCGAACCGGACCUAGUAUCUCUGGGACCGUUCGUACUACCCCAACCCCCGCCUCUGAAAGAGGAGGAAGCCGCCGAGAUUGGCCGGGGAGCAGUGAGCAGAGUGUUCGGCAUGCUAGCAACCACUGAAGUGGCCCCUGCGUCUGCGAAAGGAAAAGUACAACAACAUCUUGGUUUUGCCCGGUUGGCGGGCAGCACGUUCGACCGAGACGCUUGGGUGACUGUUCUCACUCGACUCGCGACCCGAGCCCCCGCCGGCCUGGAAGCGGACGGCAAGAAGGCUGCGGAUGAAGCCUCCCGAAAACCAGCUAUCGCAGAUUCAAUCCGAGAGACUCUGUACCGAUACAUCCUCGAGGACUUCCGUGGCCGGGUCAACGUGGGCAUCAUGUGGCUGAACGAAGAGUGGUAUAACGAUCGAGUGCAGAUGACAUUCGUCGCGACGCACCGCAGUGACGACGACGACGAAGAACCGUCUGUGCCUUUGCAUUACGACCACUGGGCCCUGAAGCUCCUCGAUGGAUUCCUGCCGUAUCUGGACUCGCGAGACAUGAAGAUCUUCAUCCGCUUCCUUAGCGAAAUCCCCGAAGUCACCAUCCCCAUCACAAAGCGUGUUGCUAGUCUUGCAAAGGACCCCGAGCGCGUGAACCUCUGCGUCCAGUCCUUGCUGUAUCUAAUCAUGUUCCGGCCUCCCGCGCGGGAAAUAUGUCUCAACGCGUUGGAGGACGUCUAUCAGACAUACGAGGAAUCCCGUCCCUCGGCCGGCAAGAUUCUCGCGCGCUGGCGUCCCAAGAAAACCGAAGACCAGCAACCUGCACUCGCCAACCGCGCCGGGCCACCGAACGGCGCUCCAGAUGGAGCAUCAUCCGAGAACUCCAGCCCGAAACCAGAGGCCGCGGCGUCGACCGCCGCCGCUUCAUAA